AUGACCUCGUCAACCCCCAAAAGAUCUGUGCGAUUAGCGUCUUUGUUAAAUGGUUUUCGAGGCCAACAACAACUGCACAGGGAAGAACCACAACCUGAAAUUGCAGCUGAAGACUUUCUGGACAGUAUAGAAAGCUCUACAGUCAUAGAUUCGGAGAGGCUUUGGACUACCGAAAACUCUUCGCCUUUGCAACCGUCUAACGAUGGAAAAACAACGGCUUUUCGUGAUGAGGACAGAACCAGCGAUUGUGAGAUAGUAGAAGAAUCAAGACCUCCGAAGGUAUCUUUAAGAAACCUUCUGAGUGGUAAGAGUAAGCCUGAUAGGCCUAAGCAAGAGGAGCCUGCUGAAGCGAUCACUGAUGUUCAGACUACGAAAAUCAAUGAUCCAAACAAAAACCGGGAAACACACGAACGCAUUGUAUCUGCACUUGACAGCGCUAAGAAAACUACUGUUCGAGAUCUGUUUGGAAGAUUUCCAAAAAAACUGCGAGACACAAGUGCAAACGAGCUUCCUGCAUUACAAAAACCUAUAGGACCUCUAAAGCGAGCACAUGAGGCCUCCAAAGCCCAAAUGUUAGAAACACCGCUUCCCAAGUACCAAAAAAUUUCAUGCAUGGAUGAUAAAGUACAACAUAGGCCACUGACGCUGCCGAGAAAAGCGCACGAUGCUAAACAGGAUAAUAUCGAUCAAAAUUUGGGAAAUUUCGGUUCAUUGGUUCAUCUAGCCUCAAGUCAAAGAAAAGAUGUCACGGAAAACAUUUGCACCAAUAGAACAGUGAAUGACCCGCUUUGGACUGACGAAUUCGCACCGCAAACUCUUAAAGAUGUUGUUUUAGAAGAUGCGCUCAAAACGCAGGUAAAUGGAUGGCUUCAAAUGUCUUUUGAAAAGCUUCGAAGAAUGACAACCAGGAACAAGUUGUCGAAGAAAAAGGCUGAUUUAGACGAUAUGGACAUGUUCAUUGUUGAAGAUGAAAACGAUGAAUCCCUCAGUGAUCAAAUGGAGGAAUUUGUACCUCUGAUGAUUUUAUUUGGAGACGGGGUGGGGAAGAAUACGCUUCUACAGGCGAUUAUGAACGAUGUGUCUGGUCAAAUUUUCGAAAUCAACAGCUCUGGAAAUAGAAGCAAGAAAGAUUAUAUGGACAGUCUGCUCGAGUUCUCCACUUCUCACUACGUCAAGAAUAAAGGUUCGAAAGGUAUAAUUCUAUUUGACGAUGUUGACGUCUUAUUUCGAGAGCGCGACAAACUAUUUUGGGUCACGUUGGAAAGAUUGCUCAUGGCGUCAAGGAGACCGAUCGUUCUUGUCUGCCGCGAUCUGAAUUUCAUUCCAUUCAACCUUAUCCAGAUAGCUGAUGAGGAAAACUCGCUGUUCCAUGUUGAAAAGAUUGACUUACGAAAAGCAGAAACUCAAUUGAGUCGAUUUCUGAAUGCGAAGGGACUCGACGUCUCUACGGAUGAUUUAAAGACAUUGCUGCGAGAAUAUGGCAGUGAUUUAAGAAGGUUAUUGAUUAAUCUUCAAUGGAAGGCUGUGGCCGACCCAAAGAGUAUUCAAAGCAAGGACUUUCCGCAUCACAAGAAAUUCAGUCAUGUCAGCGAAAUUUCGGAUAUCAAGUUCCAAAGUAAUCUUCUGUCGAGUGCAGACAUGAUUUUCAAUAGCAUCCGAUGGAGAUCGCACAUCACUGGAGACAAAGAUCGUACUCUGAACUACCCCUCCCAUUCGAAAGACUUCACUGCCUUGCCAGACGAAGAGAGACUUGCAUUCGAUUAUAUGAUCGACUAUAAACAACAUCUGCAUGAUCAUUUGAAAACCUCGUUGUUACCUUUCGAGACAAACAUGAGUGAUAAUCUUUUCAUCAACCUUGACGACCCACACGCACGAAAGGCCUUGAAUCCUUAUCCAUUUGUGGAGAGGACGACGCCUGAAGUUGUUUCUUACUUGGGAAGUCGAGUCCCUGACAAAUUGUCACUCAAUGGAGAACAAUCCGCACCUGUGCGUAUGACAAGAAACUCGAGAAAAGUUCGAGAAAUUUUGGAUCGUUUUUCGGACGGCCCCAAUGAGAAUGGCUCAGAUUUUGACAGUGGGUAUCUGAGCUUGAAGGCAGCCAUGACUAGACAUCAAAUCAGUCAAGAGGUCAUCCCAUAUGUCGUUGAGAUCGCAAAACAUGAUCAGGUCCUUAAGAACAAGAAUAAAGAGGUGUUUGAGGCCGCUUUGCGGAAUGGGGGAUCUCGGUCAGGCACAGAAGUGGUGAAAGAGCUUUUGCACAACCACGCGUUUCAUCCGAUCUGGUUUAAUGGUGAACCUGGUCCUGUGCUUGAUGCAUGGGAAAGCCCUCUGGACGCGUUAAAUCCCGUAUAG